AUGGGCGCAUUCUACGAAACCAUUCCCCAGUCACUCUUCAAAUGGAUCCUCGAGCAGCGCAUGUUCUGGGUCAGCACCGCGCCGCUGUCGGCAUCGGGUCAUGUUAAUAUCUCACCUAAAGGCGGUGACUACUUUGGAGUGCUCGACGAGCGGACCUUUUGGUACAUGGACUUGACCGGUUCAGGGUCAGAAACAAUCGCUCACUUGUACGAGCCUGGCAACGGCCGCAUCACGGUGAUGUUCAAUGCUUUCGAGGGACCAGCACGCAUACUGCGGAUUUUUGGCCACGGACGCGUCCUCGAGAGCGGAACCAGUGCCUUUGAUGAGUUCGCCAAGAAGAAUGAUGUGAAGACGAUCCCAGGGUCCAGAGCGAUCGUGCUUGUGGACGUUCACCAGGUUGGCACGUCCUGCGGGUUUUCAGUGCCCUUCUAUGAGUACAAGGAGCACAGGAAGACUCUCAAUGAACAUUUUGAACGGAAGGAUGAGAGGUUCAAGCAGGGUAAUGAGAAGGAGAGCAUGCCUAAAUACUGGGCUUUGAAGAACUCUUGGAGCAUGGAUGGCCUCCCGGCACUUCACAUCGCGCAGAAGACACGAAAAGAGGACAACAUCGAGCCCCUGAAGAAGAUGGUCGGUCCUUUGGCACCCACACAUUAUCAGAAUGCCCACCGUUACGGGCUCGAACACCUGCUCCUGGCCGCAUUCGUCACGGCCAUCAUCACCGCCUUGAUAACGACGUGUGGAGUCGACACAGCCCGUGCUAUUGCAACCAGGAUACCAGCUGAUGCCAGCCGAAUGGUUCAAGCGCCACUGCGGACGAUGAUCUAG